AAGAAGGAGAAGAAGGAGAAGGAGGAGGAAGAGGAGGAGGAGGAGGAGAAGAACAAGAAGGAGGAGAGGAGGAGGAGGAGGAGGGAGGAGGAGGAGAAGAAGAACAAGAAGGAGGAGGAGAAUGAGGAAGAGGAGGAAGGAGAAGAGGAAAAGGAGGAAGGAGAAGGAAUAAGGAAAAGGAAGAAGGAGAAGGAGGAGGAAGAGGAGGAGGAAGAGGAGAAGAACAAGAAGGAGGAGGAGAAGAACAAG